UUAAUAUAAAGUGCCCACCGAUAACCGCCUCUCGCAAAAUAAAAAACGCCCACAGAAAGGGGAACCUCUCUCUCUAUCUUUCAAUGGCUUUGAUCACAACUUCAUCAACAAAGCCUAGAUCUUUCGUAUUUUCACGUCUUUGUCUUUCCAAGAAGUCUCUGAACAAUACUAAAUCACUAAAUUUUAGCCAUUUAGAAAGCAAGAGAAUUUACCCCACUUUUGUACCUUGUGUUCGUAGUUGUAACAAAAGGAAGUGGUUUGCAAUUGUAAAUGCAGCAUCAGUAGAAGGCGCAGAGCCUGAACCAGAGUCAGAAGUGAGAAGUUGGGGGAGAAUUUUGUUAUCAGAUGUGGCGGUAAAGAGGAAAAGAAGGGUCUAUUUUGGGAGGAAUUGGAACUCAUUAGAUACAAGCACUGCCGGCGUUGUUUUGGCAAUGCAUUUGCUGAGUCUUUUUGCACCAUUUCACUUUAAUUGGAGUGCUUUUUGGGUUGCUUUUGGACUUUAUGUUAUCACAGGACUUCUGGGUAUCACUCUUUCUUUUCAUAGGAAUCUUUCUCAUAGAAGUUUUAAGUUACCCAAAUGGCUCGAGUAUCUGUUUGCUUAUUGUGGAGUUCAAGCCCUUCAGGGGAACCCAAUUGAUUGGGUUAGCACACAUAGGUAUCAUCACCAGUUUUGUGAUUCAGAAAGAGAUCCUCACAGCCCCCUUGAAGGGUUUUGGUUUAGUCACAUGAGUUGGCUUUUUGAUACCAAUUCUGUAGUGGAAAGAUGUGGGGGACCAAGCAAUGUUGGGGAUUUAGAGAAGCAGCCAUUCUACAGAUUUCUGAGAAGCUCAUAUGUCCUCCAUCCAAUUGCACUCGGAGUUUUGUUAUAUGCACUGGGAGGCUUUCCCUUCGUUGUAUGGGGAAUGGGUGUUAGGAUUGUGUGGGUGUAUCACAUCACUUGGUUCGUGAAUUCAGCUUGCCAUGUAUGGGGAAACCAAGCAUGGAACACUGGAGAUUUGUCCAAGAACAACUGGUGGGUGGCAUUGCUUGCAUUUGGAGAAGGGUGGCACAACAACCACCAUGCGUUUGAGUACUCAGCUCGACACGGCCUGGAAUGGUGGCAAGUCGACAUGACUUGGUAUGUGGUAAAAUUUCUGCGAGCCAUUGGUUUGGCGACGGAUGUGAAGCUACCAACUGAGCUUCAAAAAAAGAGAAUGGCAUUCAACAAUUGAAGUUAUGUUGUUGCCAUUGAUACUUGUGGUAGGCAAAUUCUAAUAGAUUCUUGUUCAACUUGUUCAGCGAUUCUUGGUGAGGCAAAUGAAUGAUUUUUUUUUUUGUUUUUCUUGGUUUGUGGUGAACUGAAUUCUAGCUCUCUAAGAUUUUUACCUUUUAUGAUUCAUAUUUUGUUGUUGAAGUUUUUAUCAAUGAAUAAAUGAUUUUAGCCAACA